AUGAUUGCUGUUGCAUCUCUAUUGUUUUAUCUUCCAUUUUAUCGUUUUUGCUUAAUGAGAUUUUAUCCAAUCACCUAUAUAUUCUUGCAUCCCAGAAUAAAGGUUACUACUAACACUAUAAAAGGUAUUUAUUGUACAUAUUAUUUACUUCAUUUUUUAAUAUUAUCAUACGGAAUCAAAAUGGGAGGCUGUUGCAGUGGAUGUGGAAAAUUUUGCAAAGACUUUAGAGAUUUUGCCAUACAGGGCAAUGUCAUGGAUUUAGCGGUUGGUCUUGUUAUUGGUAAAGCUUUCGGCGAUCUUGUUCAAUCGUUUGUUAAUGAUUUACUGUUACCUCCAUUCGGUCUUUUACUCGGUGGUGUGGCGUUUACUAAUUUAACAAUAAAAAUGCAUAAUUUUGCUUAUCCAAAAAACCCACCUGUUGUACUUCGUUAUGGUGCAUUUAUUCAGCAUUUUAUUUAUUUAUUGGUCGUAGCGUUUGGGCUAUUCUGUAUAAUUUUACUAGUGAAACGGUUGCGUGAAAGCAGGGAAAAACAAAAAGCACAAGAAUAUACUCCGGUGCCGGAACCGAGCGAAGAAAUUAAAGUAUUAAUGGAAAUUCGGGAUUUGUUGGGAGCUAAGACAGAGGCUAAAGCAUAG